GAAUUAGAAAAGACUUAUACAAAAGAAACUAAAACGCAAUUUUUUGCAUUUAUCUUACGUUUCCUGUUCUUUUUUUUAUCCAAAAAAAAAAAGUAACAAAUAAUAAAAAAAAAACAACAGCAAAAUUAUCCUACUCUUGAAAAAGAGUGCAUUACAAAAAAAGUACACAGAAAACCUCAAUACAAAAACAAUUCUAUAGUUUUUUUUAACACAAUCGUUUAAAAACACAUACACAACCAAUCACUCAUCAUAGAGGAGGCAGAAAGAUUAACGAAUGCACUUUUUCUUUAAAGAAAAAGUAACAAAGUGCAUUCAAUAAUUUUAGAGAAAAAAAUAUAAAGAAAAUUGUGUAAAAAUCUCUUCCUAACCGAAGUUGUCAUUUAUUUUGACAACUGGUGUUUAAUAAUUUGUAAAAUUAUUUGUAUAUCAAUCGAUAAAUAAGCAGCACGUAAAAAAGUUUUAAAACUGGAUUUCUAAAAGCUCCUGUACUGAAAAAAAAGGUUAGACGAAGACAUAGUAAACUGAUUUCUUAAGAAAAUCUUGCUUUACUUGCUCUGCUCUACCUUUUGUAUAUAAUUUGACAAAAAAAAGCACAAAACUCAUUAAGAAAACAAAAAAAAAAAGCAUUUAGCACCUGCUUAAUAUCUAGUACAACUUGUCUCCAUAAGUUAAUAUCCUAAAGCAACAAAAACACAAACACAAAAACUAAAAAAAAGAACAGUAACUAACAGUUCAAAAACAAAAUGGAGGUUGAAACUGCACGUCAAAACGGUUAUGCCGGCAGUAGUGAUGGUUCACGCGAAAGCUCCGUUGAACGUGAGCUUAAUGGUGACAUUAAGGCUGUGGAGCUUAAUGGCAGCUCGGGUUCGCCCAGGAGCCAAAAUGGUUUAAUGAAGAAACCACAUAGCGUAGCAGAUGGCCAUGAUGGACGUAUUAAGCGUAAAGCUAAACGUCUUAUACAACGACAAAAUAGUCGUGGUGAAACCAAUGGCGCCGCCGGGUUGACUGCUGCUGCUAUGAAUGGUAAUGCCAAAGAUUACAUUGUACCCCAUCGUCGUUGGAAGAAUAGUCGUCGUUCACGUACCGCUUAUGGUCGUGGCUUACCGAAAAAGGGUGGUGCUGGCGGUAAAGGUGUCUGGGGUCUACCCGGCUCAGAGGCCUUGGAGGAAUUGUAUGAAGAUGAAAAUGAUCCCAACUAUGAUAGUGAGACUAAUGAUCAGAAUAUUGUUUUAACUGAAGUCAUUCCGGAACUAACACCCGAAGAAUUUUUCAAAUUGGCUGAGCCUAUUAUUUUGGAAUACUACGAGCAUGGUGAUACCCAUGAGGUGGCUGUUAAUUUAGAUGAGAUCCUAACAGGAUUCUUGCGUCCUUACGUUACCAGUGUUAUAGUGGAAAUUGCUUUGGAUCAUAAAGAUUCUCAGCGUGAAAUGACUUCGGUAUUGAUAUCCGAUCUCUAUGGACGUGUUAUAACGGGACGGGAUAUUGAAAAGGGUUUUGAAAUUUUAUUGGAAAAUUUACCCGAUUUAACUUUGGAUACUCCAGAAGCUCCAACUAUAUUGGGCAACUUUUUAGCCCGUGCCGUCGCUGACGAUUGUAUUCCACCGAAAUUUAUCACCAAACCUUCCGAUCAUGGUGAAUUAAAUGAACAUGCCAUGACAGCUAUACGUCGUGCCGACACCCUAUUGCACAUGAAACAGGGUUGGGCCCAUUUGGAUAAUGUCUGGGGCAUGGGCGGUCCAUUGCGUCCCGUCAAAACUAUAACUAAACAAAUGACUUUGCUCUUAAAGGAGUAUUUGUCAUCACGUGAUAUACAAGAGGCUCAUCGUUGCCUACGCGCCCUUGAAGUUCCUCAUUUCCAUCAUGAGUUGGUGUAUGAGUCGGUCGUUAUGACUCUCGAAUCAUUGUCUCAAACUACCGAAGAGGCAAUGUGUGAAUUGUUGGCAUCAUUGGAUAAAGCUUGUUUGGUACUUCCAGCUGGUAUGGAACAGGGUUUCAUGCGAGUUUUUGAUGAUAUGGCUGACAUUGUUUUGGAUGUGCCACUUGCUUAUAUUAUAUUAGAUCGUUUUGUGGAACGUUGCAAUCGUGCUGGUUUUAUAACUGAUAAGAUUUUAAGUAACAUGCCCUCUCGAGGACGUAAACGUUUUGUCUCCGAAGGAGACGGUGGCCAUAUUAAACCACCAACUAUUCCAAUUCGUGACUAAAUUCAUUAUUACUUUUUUUGCAUAAGCUGUUGUUAAUAUAGAUAAAAUAACAACAGCAACAAAUACAAUUUAAUAAAAGAAGCAUUUUUUUUAAAAUAAAAAUACACAACAACUAUAACAAAAAGAAAAAACAAACAAAUACAAAUCAAUCAACCAACAUCAUCUACAUUUUUUAUUGACCACUUGGAAAAAAAACAACAUUUUAUUUAAUAAUACAACAAGAAAAACAUCAACAACUUUAAAUAAUGGAUUCAACUUAUAACACAAAAACAACUAUUUUAAAAGCAAAAAAAAAAGAAGAAAAUUGGAAAUUUUAUAAACCAUAGACUUUUUUAAGCCCCUAAUAGAAAAAGGCCAAAUUGGAAGUCAACAACAACAAAAAUCAUUAGAAAAUAAAUUAAAAAUAUUGUAAUAUUUCUUAAAAAUUUAUAAAACCAUAUUUAAAAAAAAUUGAUCUCUAUUUAAAUGUUUUGUUUAAAUUUUUUUUUUUUGCUUUUUGUAUGCAACAAUAGAAUCCAGCAACUUUUAACAAUAAUUAAAAACAACAACAAGCAACACAAUUCCUACCAAGCAACAAAAAUAACAACAAACUCCUAUUAAAAAAAAUAAAUUAUGAAAAAAA